AUGUCAAUUCAAUCCCCUUGUUUUCCGGUGGUAAAUGGCAAUCUCCGCCUUCCUAUUGCGUCGUUUUCGUCAUCAACGUUACCUUCUGGUCAGCGAUUAUCAGGAAAUGGGGCCUGGAUUCACAAAAGAGGAAGAAUUUAUGUGAAAUCAGAGGCCAAUUCUGAGGAAGAAACUUCGUCUAGUUCUAGUGAAAGCACUACUAGUGGCAAUGCAUCUAGCUUCUUGUCUGUUCUCUGUCCGUUGCUUAAACUCUUCUCUGGAGGUGAUCCUUCUCAGCAACGUAAUCAUGCUCUUGAGGUCGCAACUUCUUCUUUAGCAUCUAUUGCAAGACUUCUAUGGGGAUCUCGAGUAUCAUCCAUGAGUACAGAUGUUUCUUCUAGUCCACCUUUGCGAUUGCAGCUUUUUGAAUUUGAGGCAUGUCCCUUUUGCCGUAGGGAGCGCGAAGCCAUGACUGAGCUAGACCUCUCUGUAGAAGUUUAUCCUUGUCCUAAAGGAUCUGUAAGACACAGGGAACUGGUUAGAAGAUCCGGUGGACAAGAGAUGUUUCCGUUCCUCAUUGACCCCAAUACCGAUACUUCGAUGUAUGAGAGUGGUGACAUCGUAAAGUACCUAUUUAAUCAAUAUGGAAAUGGGAGAGGCCCUUCCACAGGACUUCUGGAAAGCACCUUGUUCACAGGAUGGAUGCCAACACUUCUCCGAGCAGGUAGAGGCAUGUCAUUAUAGGACAAGGCUUCAACAGAUCCACCACCUCAAAUGCUCGAGCUCUUCUCUUACGAAAACAACUCGUAUGCGCGGUUGGUGCGUGAAGCACUCUGUGAGUUGGAGCUCCCCUAUGUAUUACACAACAUUGGAGAAGGGUCCACGCGAAUGAGAUCACUUUCGGGAUCCGAUAAGGUUCCAUUUUUGGUUGAUCCAAACACUGGUGUCCAGUUAGGUGAUUACCAGAAGAUUCUGGCUUACCUCUUCAAGACUAUUCUUCACCAGUAUCUGCAUAGUGCAUAAUCUGACAUAUACACCAUUAUCCUCAACUUGAGGACCCCAAAGCAAGGAUCAGGACGCAUGGUAACACAAAGGUCCUUUUCUUAUUUUAGGUAUCUUUGAUGUAUAUAAUAAUAAUAGUGCCAAUAUUGGUAAAUAUUGUAUAUCAAGACUAAACACCUGUCUUGUUUUGUGUUUGGGGAUCAGAUUCUUCUCUUUCAAGCAUCAG